AUGGCAUCCCAAAACACCCGCGACAGCCCCGAUUCUUAUGCCAUCGCCUGGAUCGCCGCUCUUCCCAUCGAGCGGGCCGCUGCACAAGCGAUGCUAGAUGAGGAGCAUGCAGCUCCAACGAGCUUCACGCGGCACCAAACCGACACAAACGUUUAUACCUGGGGUCGCGUGGGAGAGCACAACAUCGUGAUUGCCUCUUUGGCCGCCGGAAACUACGGGACCACGUCGGCUGCAACUACAGCUUCGAGCCUGCUUGCCUCUUUGUCAUCCAUCCGUGUUGGUCUUUUGGUGGGCAUAGGCGGUGGCAUCGCUCGACCGGAGGAGGGCUACGAUAUCCGGCUAGGUGACAUUGUCGUGAGCCAGCCCUGUGGGACCACAGGCGGCGUCUGCCAGUACGACUUGAUAAAAGCAAAGUCUGGGGACAAGCGUGAGCGCAAAGGCUUUCUCGGACGGCCUCCAACGGUCCUCCUCAAUGCGCUUACCAGCAUCCAGGCCGAUCACGAGCGGAAAGACUCUAAGGUUCCCUGCUUCCUUCAAGAGAUGCUGGAGAAGAACCCGAAGAUGGGCAAGAGAUCCAAGCAAAAUCCUGGCUAUGCUCACCAAGGCUUCGACAACGACCGCCUAUUCAAGUCUUCAUGCGACCACGUCCUCGGCCCGGACUGUCGGGGCUGCGACACUGCUGAUGAGGUUCAGCGCGAUCCUCGAGACACUACCGACCCCGAUAUCCACUACGGGACCAUCGCAUCCGGUAACACACUCGUCAAAGACGCUGCCGCGCGCGAUCGGAUUGUUGCUGACCUGGGCGAGGAUUGUAUCUGCUUUGAGAUGGAAGCGGCCGGCCUGAUGAACCACUUUCCCUGUCUUGUGAUCCGAGGGAUCUGCGACUACGCCGAUUCUCAUAAGAACGAUCGAUGGCAGCGCUACGCCUCGGCGACUGCCGCUGCUUAUGCUAAGGAGCUUCUGGCGUACGUGCCGACCGCGGAGGUCCAAGAGACCAAGAGGGCACUGGAAGUGCUUCAAUUAGUUCAACAACAGAUCGAUGGCGUGCAGCAGAUGACCGUUGCAACGAAAGCUGCAGCUGAUUCCAUCCGGUCUGACCUUCAUACCGAUAAGAUCAAGCGCUGGCUUUGUCCCCCGGAUCCGUCUACAAACGCCAACCACGCGAGAACACUCCGCCAUAGUGGAACAGGUGUGUGGCUUCUGGAAAACCCGGUUUUCCAGGAGUGGCACUCGGGGUCGCGUCAGCAUUUAUGGCUGUACGGACUUGCGGGGUGUGGAAAGACGGUUCUCAGUGCGACUGUGCUUGAUCACCUUGCGAAGGGAAACGACCGUCUUAUCCUUAGCUUCUUCUUUGACUUUAGUGACACCACAAAGCAGACUGUGGAUGGCAUGCUGCGGUCGCUUGCUUUUCAACUUUACCAAGGCGGGGUUAGCUCUGCAAUUCAUCUCGAUGCAUUAUUUCAAGCACACCAAAAUGGCAGCGACCAACCUGCGAUAAAGGCGCUCUCAGAUAUUGUAUUCAAAAUGCUGCUUGUCCAGAAGAAGGUCUCAAUCGUUCUUGACGCAUUAGAUGAAUCCAAAAUAAGACAUGACGUUCUCCUGUGGAUCAAGGACGUGGUGUCCAGGCCGGAGUUGGGCCAUGUCCUGCUGCUUUAUACCGGUCGACCUGAAUCCGAGUUCCAACGCGAUAUUCCCCCAAUGAUAGGAAAUCAAAACUGCGUUUCUCUUGACAAACACGCUGUCAACGCGGAUAUCCGAUCAUGGGUCACAGCACAGCUUUCUCAGCGGCGCGAUUUUAAAGAGAAGCCCUUGUCUCCGGAGCUGCUAGAGAGAAUCCGGAGGAAAGUUGGCGACGGGGCAGACGGGAUGUUCAGGUGGGCGUUCUGUCAAUUGGACAGCCUGGCUCGAUGUCGCCACGAGGCAGCUAUGGAGGAGGCUCUCGUAUCUUUGCCGCUAAACCUAGAUGAGACAUACCGGCACAUGAUUGCAAGCAUACCGACGGAAUUAAAAAGCGACGCGAUACGCCUCCUACAAUUUCUAGUGCACUCCAAGCGUCCUCUCAAGCUGGCCGAGGCUAAAGAAGUAAUAGCGACGCAAAUCGAAAACGAGUCGCGAGGGUUUGACAUCAAGCGUCGACUGUUUUACGAGACUAAUGUUUUGGAUUACUGUCCCAGCUUAGUGACAGUCGUUGACGCAACCGAUAAAGAGUUACAUCUUGCCCACUUUUCCGUCAAAGAGUACCUUCUGAAACAGAAUCAUUUCAAAAGUACGACUGCCAGCAUUCCCAUCACGAGGACGUGCCUGACCUAUCUUACGGACAUCAACGGUAGUCACAGAGAGAUCAAGCGAGGUUUUCCGAUGGCAAGAUAUGCGGCGGAACUCUGGACAAACCAUGCUGCGUUGGCCCAGGCUUCCAAAGAUAUAGUUCGAGUAACAGUCAGGUUCCUAGAAAAGGAAUCGACUUUCCAACGAUGGGCUAGUUUGUAUCAGCCGGAUAGGAGAUGGCCUAAACCUGGUCUUCCACAAGGGUCCGGGCUCUAUUAUGCUUGCUUUCUUGGGCUCAUAGCGCCUGCACGAGAUCUUAUUAACAAGGGAGCGGACGUCAACGUGCAGGGCGGCCGCUACGGCAAUGCUCUCCAGGCCGCUUCGUUUAGUGGCCAUCAAGAGAUUGUCCAACUGCUCUUAGACAAGGGAGCGGACGUCAAUGCACAGGGCGGCGACCACGGCAAUGCUCUCCAGGCCGCUUCGUUUAGUGGCCAUCAAGAGAUUGUCCAACUGCUCUUAGACAAGGGAGCGGACGUCAAUGCACAGGGCGGCGACCACGGCAAUGCUCUCCAGGCCGCUUCGUUUAGUGGCCAUCAAGAGAUUGUCCAACUGCUCUUAGACAAGGGAGCAGACGUCAACGCGCAGGGCGGCGACUACGGCAAUGCUCUCCAUGCCGCUUCAUCAGGUGGCCAUCAACAGAUUAUCCAACUGCUCUUAGACAAGGGAGCGGACGUCAACGCGCAGGGCGGCCGCUACGGCAAUGCUCUCCUGGCCGCGUCGUUUAGGGGCCAUCAAGGGAUUGUCCAACUGCUCUUAGACAAGGGAGCGGACGUCAACGUGCAGGGCGGCAAAUACGGCAACGCUCUCCAGGCCGCCUCGGUGGCAGGCCGUCAAGGGAUUGUCCAACUGCUCUUAGACAAGGGAGCGGACAUCAACGCGAAGGGCGGCGAAUACGGUAAUGCUCUCCAGGCCGCGUCGUUGGAAGGCCAUCAAGAGAUUGUCCAAGUGCUCUUAGACAAGGGAGCGGACGUCAACGUGCAGGGCGGCCGCUACGGCAAUGCUCUCCAGGCAGAGUCAUUAAAUGGCCAUCAAGAGAUUGUCCAACUGCUCUUAGACAAAAGAGCGGACGUCAACGCGCAGGGCGGCGAAUACGGCAAUGCUCUCCAGGCCGCGUCGUUUAGAGGUCAUCAAGGGAUUGUCCAACUGCUCUUAGACAAGGGAGCGGACGUCAACGCGCAGGGCGGCGAAUACGGCAAUGCUCUCCAGGCUGCUUCAUCAGGUGGCCAUCAAGGGAUUGUCCAACUGCUCUUAGACAAGGGAGCGGACGUCAACGCGCAGGGCGGCCAGUACGGCAAUGCUCUCCUGGCCGCGUCGUUUAGAGGCCAUCAAGAAACUGUCCAACUGCUCUUAGACAAGGGAGCGGACGUCAAUGCGCAGGGCGGCCGCUACGGCAAUGCUCUCCAGGCCGCUUCGUUUUGGGGCCAUCAAGAAACUGUCCAACUGCUCUUAGACAAGGGAGCGGACGUCAAUGCGCAGGGCGGCCACUACGGCAAUGCUCUCCAGGCCGCGUCGUUGGAAGGCCAUCAAGAGAUUGUCCAAGUGCUCUUAGACAAAAGAGCGGACGUCAACGCGCAGGGCGGCCAGUACGGCAAUGCUCUCCAGGCCGCGUCUUUUAGAGGCCAUCAAGGGAUUGUCCAACUGCUCUUAGACAAAAGAGCGAACGUCAACGCGCAGGGCGGCGAAUGCGGCAAUGCUCUCCAGGCCGCUUCAUCAGGUGGCCAUCAAGAAAUUGUCCAACUGCUCUUAGACAAGGGAGCGAACGUCAACGCGCAGGGCGGCAUAUACGGCAAUGCUCUCCAGGCCGCUUCGUUGGAAGGCCAUCAAGAGAUUGUCCAACUGCUUCAAAGAAGGCACGCUAUUACAUUGUCUUCAAAGCGGUCGAGCUCUAGGACUCCAAGUUACCCGACGAAGAAACUUCGUCCCAUGGACUCUGAACCUUCUGAUCAAAUUCGAUAA